AUGCAAGGUGACCGUGGGGCACUUGAAGCGGUCUGGGAAGGGAAUCGGAACAAGAUCCGUUGUGAUGCUAACGACUUGGAACUCUUUCUGGCGAGGGUGAACUGCCGGCAAUGGCUGAAAACGGCAGGUGUGGUGGAUGUAAGGCUUGGUGACCAUGGAUACCCGCAAGGCUUUGCGCGAAUGGAAGAAGUCACGCUGUUUCUUAAUAGCACCGACAUCUUUGGAGUGAGUUUCCAAGCGAAUGAGAGCGAAGUUUACGUGCUGGUGGUGGUACCUCCGGCUAGGAGUACGAUCGAUUUUGAUGGCACGAACUCAUGGCAGACGAUCUUUCAUCGGGACGUAGUUGCAGCCACCUCACUACCCGCAAUUGGAGUACUACGAAAAUUUGUCGGACGAGCUCUCCCUGUGAAGAUUGAACUACCGAAGUUUAUGAUCGAUGGAUGGUCAUUAUUGCUCGGGGCAGACCUUCGCGAUACGUUGUUCGACGAAAAAGACCGUUCUCCAUGCGAAAAUUCAUGA